CGGCCCACGCAUCCCACAGCCUCGUCCCCCGUCACGGGCUCGAUCCGACAACCGCACAGCACAUCAUGGGCGCCGGCAGCUCCAAGCCCGCGGCUUCGGGCAACUCUGAGCACCUUUUCUCUGGGUAGGUGGACUACUUUGGAGGGGUGUUGGUGUAUGAGGUCUGGGAUGGGAUGAGAUGGGGGAGAGGGAGGGAGAAUGUUGCGGUGGUUGCUACUAGAUUUGUCCAUGGAGAUGAAUUGGUCGACGACCCUGCCCUGCAUACAGACUUCUCCGUCCGGGAAGGAAGAUGGAUUGAUUCUCUUCUUCACUGGGGAGAUACUACCUACCUACCUAUCUUCCUCCCUGUCUACCUGUUCAGUCUCUACACAAACCCACACCUCACACUUCCAUCCAUCCAUCCAUCCACCCACCCAUGUAUAAAAAGCUAACACCCUCCAGCUCCGCCCCCGUCCAAUUCUCCUCCAACCUCGUCGACUCCCUCAACUCCAACACCGAGACCGACUCCUCCCGCGCCCGCAGCCUCGAACUCCAAAUCCAAGAGCGGGUCGCCCAAGAACUCGAGCGCAUUCGCGCCCGCGAACAGCAAACCCUCGCGGAGAUCGAAAAGCGCAUCGCGUCGUCCAAGCCCUCCGCUCCCGCACCUGCCAGUGGCGUGUCCUACCCGGCGGGGUCGCUGAACCUGGACGCACCGCGGAUCCCGUUCGCGGGGCGCGAGUCGUACGUUGCGCCUGCUCCUGCGGCGGUGGAGGCGGUGCCGGUCAACCGGGAGCUGUCGCGCGAGUCGGUGAACAGUGAGAUCGAGGAGUUGAGGGCUAAGCUCGACGGACGGAAGAAGCUGAUGGAGCUGGAUCCGGGCCUGGAGAAGGCGAGGAUGGAUGUGGUGGGUUGUUUGCGGUUGAAUGAUCGGAGGCCUUUGGAUUGUUGGAAGGAGGUCGAGGAUUUCAAGAGGGAGGUCGCACGCCUGGAGGAGGGGUUUGUUGAUCGUAUUGUUGGGUAGAUUAGUACGUACCUAAGGUACUUACUUACCUCCCUACCUACCUACUUACCUAUGAAUAUGGUAUGGUAGAUUUGGUUUUGGAGGGGUAGACUAGGACUGGGGUGGUGGGCAGCCUGCCUGAUUGACGUCUGGUGUUGUGUCUGGUCUGCCUGCCUGCCAUCUGUCUAUGAAUAAAGGGAGUGGGUGUGGGUGUGGGUGUGGGUAUGUUUCUCAUGCCUGGAUUUUUUUUAUGUCAUGGCCCAAGGGGCUUGUCGUGCAUGCAUGCUGUCGUGUAUAUGUAUACCUAGCUAGGU